AUCGUCGUAUGCCCGGCAGAAGGGCGCUAGCAGGGAAUUUCGUCCAAAUUUUCACUUUUCAUUUUUUUUCAUAAAUCGAUAGGGUUUGGAAAGAUCAACAUUUAAAAAAAAAUCCCGGCUUUGGGAAAUGUUUAUUUUUAAAGUUAUGGUCAAUAAUCAAAGGGCACUAGCAGAUGGAAGACAAAAUCACUUCCCGGCAGAAGGGCGCAGUGCGAUCGUGCGCAUGCGCACACGUUACAGCCUUUAUACGAUAACCGGCUUUGCUAAAAUUCAGCCCGGCAGAAAGGCGCUAAUUCCGAACGGGAGAAGGAGAGCGUCCGUAACAGUCAUGGAGCCAGACACACUGCUGCUGAUUAGAUGGUUUAGGAACCAAUCAGAGAACGUGGUUGAAUAUAAAGACAUUAUAUGUCCUCAUCGUCGCCAUCCGAGGGUCAGAGAUGCAGUCGUCAUGCCAUGGGGGAGGGAGAGAUGGCACGGCAAGGUGCUACAAAUUUCGAGAGAGGACUCGGAUGAAGAUGAUGACGAUAUUCCUUUGAAAUUCCUAAGAGAAAAGGGAGAGAGAGCUGCAGCUGUCAUAGAGGGAAAUAUUACAGAAGAUAAAGGAAAGAGAGCUGACCUUGGAGGAGCUGUCACAGAAGAUGAAUGUAUCAGCAUUCUUGGAGAGGUGCUUAGAGGCAGGCAGGAGCAUCAUGUAGAAAUUUGUGAGCACUUUGGGUGUGCAGACGAGGUGUUUUUUGUUUGUGUCGUGUGUGAGGUUUUCCUGUGCUACAAGCACUUCGUAGAUGACGACCCAUGUUCAGAGCAUAACAACUAUGCGGGAGUUGUCAAUAGACCCAUGGCCUUACCUUGCGAGAAGUCCACAGAAUCGGUCAACCCCGAUAGACCCAUGGCCACACCUUGCGAGAAGUCCACAGAAUCGGUCAACCCCGAUAGACCCAUGGCCACACCUUGCGAGAAGUCCGCAGAAUCGGUCAACCCUGAUAGACCCAUGGCCACACCUUGCGAGAAGUCCACAGAAUCGGUCAACCCCGAUAGACUCAUGGCCACACCUUGCGAGAAGUCCACAGAAUCGGUCCAUCCCGAUAGACCCAUGGCCACACCUUGCGAGAAGUCCACAGAAUCGGUCAACCCCGAUAGACUCAUGGCCACACCUUGCGAGAAGUCCACAGAAUCGGUCAACGCUGAUAGACCCAUGGCCACACCUUGCGAGAAGUCCACAGAAUCGGUCAACCCCGAUAGACCCAUGGCCACACCUUGCGAGAAGUCCACAGAAUCGGUCAACCCCGAUAGACCCAUGGCCACACCUUACGAGAAGUCCACAGAAUCGGUCAACCCUGAUAGACCGAUGGCCACACCUUGCGAGAAGUCCACAGAAUCGGUCCAUCCCGAUAGACCCAUGGCCACACCUUGCGAGAAGUCCACAGAAUCGGUCUAUCCCGAUAGACCCAUGGCCACACCAUGCGAGAAGUCCACAGAAUCGGUCAACCCCGAUAGACCCAUGGCCACACCUUGCGAGAAGUCCACAGAAUUGGUCUAUCCCGAUAGACCCAUGGCCACACCUUGCGAGAAGUCCACAGAAUCGGUCAACCCGGAAGAUGGCAAGAUCAUAUCAGUAUCAGCUUAUCAAUAUCACACAACCAUGCCAGCUUCUGCACAACCAGCUCAAAACCCAGAAAGGUUUGAAGUAAGUGCUUGUCAACUUCUAUAG